AUGGACGUAUCCAGACAAACUUAUAGUGAAGCAAAUACUACGGGUGUUUCUAUGUAUUUGUCGUUCGAUUCGAGCAUUUCCAGUGCUGCUUACAAGACUCUAGAAGCGACCACAGAUAAUCUUUCGAUUUUAUCUAACAUGGACCAUGAGGAGGAAACAGUGGAAAAUUCUCAAGAUCUGAAUCAAAAUAGUACAUUGGAGGCAAUCAAUUCACACUUAAACUACCUUGAUUCUGUGAAGGAUAUGGACACACAUUCGCAGCUGUCUGCUAUACCAAAGAGAGUACUCCAAGACUUUAACAUUGCCAGCUCGACACCAACAAAGGAACAACUGUUACGCAGCGUGGAAGUAAAUCGUGGGUCGAGCGCCGAAAGAUGUUUUGAUAUGAAAUUGGCUUUUAUGGAUAUGGAUGAGAAAAUUGAGAAUGACCAUGUUAAGAAUAAAGAAAAUACCUUACCUCUUAAUGAAGUAGCAUUACUAUCUGUUAAAAGUAAUGAAGAAAUUCCUACUUUACCUAAAGAAGAAAAGGUACAAAUACUCGAAGUACGUACUCUAAAUUCAGAUGCUGAAAGUGCAAAAACAGAAUGUGAAACAUCGAAAACUACUGAAAUUGCAAAUACCGAAGACGAUGAAACUCCAAAAAAUACCGACGAUCAAACCAUUAAAGCUGCAGUGGAAAGUAAAGUGCAAGCAGCAGAUUUCAACAAACGCCAAUCAAUGGCAAAGAAAUCUCUUUGUGAGCCCAAUCUUUUAACUAAUCGUCCAUCGAGAAUUGUCACAAAUGCAGCAAGUAAGCGAUUUUCUUUCAACAAUUUUGCUACUAAGACGAAUUUAGACAAAGAGAUAAAUUCAGAAAUACCCAAAUUGUUGAAUAAGGUUUUGAAAUUCACUGAACCUACAACUGUAAUAAAUGAUAAAACCAAAACUUCUUCUGUAUUGGAUAAACCUCGACGGUCGGUAUUACCAACGGGACAACAGAACUGUAAAAAUGUCGCACCAACUGUGNUACAAUCUUCAUCAAAGCCCCCUUCUGAUUCCUUAAAAUCAAUACCAUCUAAUAGAAAAUCAAUAUUUCCUAUUGACAAGCCACGCAGUGAAUCGUACAAAACGACCAUCGCUUCUACAUUGACAACACUUAAUGCGAAACCUCCACCAAGUCUAGCUAGAAAAGCAGAGACGUCGUUUGUUUGCAAU